UACAAGAAUGGCGAAGAGGUGGCUACCCUUCUCGCUUCUAUUUCUGGGAGUUCUCUCCCUGUACAGUGCUGCGUCCGCUGAUAACAGCGGCAUUAAGAAGAUGAAAAUGCAAUUUGCAACAGGACCACUUCUUAAAUUUCAAAUCUGUAUCUCCUGAGGUUACAAGCGGGUGUUUGAGGAGUACACGCAGGCCUUGUACCAGCGGUACCCAGACAUCCGCAUUGAGGGGGAGAACUUCCUUCCGCUUCCCCUCUACCGACACAUCGCUUCCUUCCUGUCCAUGUUCAAAUUGGCACUGAUUGGAUUGAUUAUCAUUGGUAAGGACCCCUUCGCCCUCUGUGGAAUGCAAGCUCCAGGCUUCUGGGUCUGGAGUCAAGAAAAUAAGAUCUAUGCCUGCAUGAUGGUGUUCUUCUUCAGCAACAUGAUCGAAAACCAGUGCAUGUCAACAGGGGCUUUUGAAAUCACAUUAAAUGAUGUGCCAGUGUGGUCCAAGCUGGAGUCGGGUCACCUGCCCUCCAUGCAGCAGCUCGUCCAGAUCCUGGAGAAUGAGAUGAAGAUGAACGUGCACAUGGACACACUCCCGCACCACCGCUCCUAACCCCAAGUGUGCUCCCCCUCGGAUGGCGCCAAAGACCCCUCCGCGUUUGAGGUGGGUUUCUCGAUGGGCAGUGAGGUGAUGUUUAUGAAGGUCUGUGCUGAAGGCAGGAAGACUGCUAGCUCAGACUGGAUGUCCCCCCCAUUGCUUCUCACCACAUCCCUUAGAGAUGCCCCGCCCCUAAUGCUGGACUGGGAUCCAUGGCAACCGUGACGGCUCUACUACUACUACUACUGCAAAUCAUUUAUCCUGGUUCAAUAAACAUUCGGUUUGGGCUCUUGUGCUCACAAGGAUCAAGUCAAGCUCAGCGCUCCUGACAUUCAUGUGGACGGUCUGACAUUAGAGACUUAUUGAUUUCCCCCGCCCCGUUCAGAUUGCAGGUCUUUAGUUGGCCGAAGAGAAUCGAUCCAUCUGCGCUAGUCUUGACGCUAAUUCUUUGAGCCAUUAUGUAUAGUUUAACCACUGUUAGUCCUAAAUUAGCGUAGCUGCCUGUAUCGCCUCUGACAUUGUAUGUGCAUUGUAAUAGCGUUUCCAAAUUUGCAUUUAUUAACUGUUGUAAUUUUUAUAUUUCUUUCCGUAGCUGGAAGUGGAGUUUAGAAGAUUAAUAAAAUGUCUAAUUGUGA